UCUGAAACCUGCCUGUCCACUUGGUUCACGUUUGUCGUCUACUUCAAUAUGAGCCAUUCUUGCUUUCUUCCCGGCGAUAAAAAUAAUUAACUGAAAUGGACACUUUCUACAGCAGUUUCAGAUCUCGCGUUGGGCCAAAUGUCAGCGCUGAAGCUCAGAGUGGAAGUCAUAUUAUAGCUCCUGUACUCACUAACAAUACAAUAACAGGCGGUGUCCACUUCCUACAUAACGCACACGGUUUCACUUUUGAUCGCCCACACUCUGAAACAACACAAACAUCAGCAACAAGAUCAUUGAUUUUCAAACAUAAGACCCGGAUCUGCAGUGAGUAUCUGUAUGUGACUGAGUAUAACUCUCUGCCUGGUGAACGAGUGCUGCUGUCUGAGCGCUAUACACAACCUCUGAUCCUGCAGAGACAUAGACAUCAACAAGAGAGAGAAGAAGAGCUCCGCUCCAGUGGAGAGGACUUCCAGCAGGUCCUCAGAUCCAGGAGCAGUGAUAAAUCAGUCCAUCUGAACUCUCUGUUCAACCCAGAUAACCAUGGGAUCAGUCCUAGUUCUGUCAUACUGCAGGGAAACUCAGGGAAUGGGAAGACCUUAACUGUACAGAAGAUCCUGAUGGACUGGGCAUCUGAUAAACUCUACAAAGAGCGGUUUGAGAUUGUGUUUCACUUAAAGUGUAAAGAAAUAAACCGUAUUCCUGGCAGAAAGAGUUUGGUUGAGAUCUUGAGCUACAGCUGCAGUUUAACACCAGAUCAGAUCUCACAGAUACUGCAGCAGUCAGCAGAGAAGAUGCUUUUCAUCAUUGAUGGGUUUGAUGAGUUGAGACUCACACAGGAGAUUUAUUACAUGUCACCUCACACUGAUGUGAUUCAGAAAGCUCCAGCUGAGGUCACACUUUGUGCCCUGUUGAGGGGUCACAUCUUGCCAGAGUCCUUCCUGCUGGUCACCACCAGAUCUACAGCUACAGACAAGUUAAGUCCACUGCUCAAAGGACCUCAGAGUUUCACUGAGAUUAUGGGAUUCUCUGAGAAGGGAGUGGAGAAGUACUUCCAGAAGUUCUUUCAGGAUGAGCAACUUUUCAGGAGGGCUUAUACAUUUGUGAAGACAAAUGAGACCCUCUUCACAGCCUGCUCCAUCCCUGUCAUCUGCUGGAUCACCUGCACGGUUAUGCGAGAGAGGUUCACUGAUGGUGCAGAUGUGACAAGCGGACUGGAAACCAUCACCUCCAUCUACGUUGACUUUGUGUUCACUCUUCUGGAUCAUCACUGCCAGGGUUUGAGUCAGCCCGUCCCGAUCCUGCUAAAGAGUCUGGGUCAGCUGGCAGAGAGAGGGAUGCUGGAAAGACAAGUGCUGUUUGAUGAGGAAAGCGUGCAUGAAACUGUUUCAGACUCUGCCAAAAAUCCAUUCCUAUGCAAGUUCCUGUUUAAGAGAAGAAUCCACCAGGAGACAAUGUUCAGUUUCAUGCAUCUCAGUUUUCAGGAGUUCUUUACUGCUCUCUACUAUGUCCUUCUGGAUGAAGAAGAGUCCCAGAAGAAACUUGCAGUGCUAAUAUUAAAUCAUAACGAUUGUUACCCACCAGAUUUUCCAGCUGUGUGGCAGUUUACAUUUGGUCUCUUGAAUAAGGCUGUGAAACACACACUUAUGAAGAAACAUGGGCUGUUUGUUCACCCAAACACACAGGCUUGUCUGAAAAAAUGGAUUUUGAAAAAGUUUCAUUUUAAUUGUUUGUUUGAUAGUGGAGCUCUUUUUCUUCUUCACUGUCUUUAUGAACUCCAUGAAGAUGACUUUGUGAAAGAAGCUAUGGAAUCCGUGAAUAAACUGGAUACAUAUGGUGCAUUGUUGAGAAGAACAGACUGCUGGGCCCUGCUGUACUGCCUUCAGUGCUGUCAGAGCAUCAAAGAACUGGAUCUCCAGUAUUCCAGUUUAACGCCUGAAAAGUUAAUGUUGAUUCUACCUGCACUCCACAAGAUUAAACAUUUGCAUUUGCUUCUAGAAGAUGCAUCUGAUCUUGGUAAACUGCUGUGUGCCCUCACAAGAGGACAGACUCUGAAUGCCCAGGAAGUUCGUGUCAGAUCCUGGACUGGAAUUGUUGCCAAUUGUUCUAUCAAUACCCUUAUUCUGUCAAUCAGUGAACAGCUAUCCAGUGUCCGCAUAGGAACUCCAUGUCUAUGGUAUAGAGACCCUGCAGCAUCUUUGCACUCACUCAGUCUCACAUCUCCACACUCAGAGCUCAUCAACAUCAACUGGAACAAACUUUUUCAGAUAAUAAACCAAAAGGAUUCAGAUGCAUUAAUUCAUAUUCUAUAUUUCUAUAAACUGAAAAAGAUAGAAAUAGUAGUAGACCGCCUGACCGAGAGAUGGUGUGUUCGGACCCUUCAGAUGUUCCAGAACUGCCCCAGUCUGACAGAAGUCAAGGUAGAUGCUCUCUUUUUACUGGAGGAGGGAAUCAAGAUCUUGCAGAGGUCACGCACAAGACCAGCCUGUGUUUUGAGAGUUGAAGGGUUGGUUUGCCAUAAACUGUCUCAAAAAUGUACAGAUUAUAAAGACAGUGAACUUAGCUGCAACCAGAAGGUGAUGAUUCAUUUGAAUUCUUGGGGCUUUUCUAUGGAGAAGUUAAGGAAGUCCUUGUUUUAAAAAUGAAUGGUAUGGCAUGAUAACUAGCAUCUUGACCAGAGCUGUGGCUGGAGAUGACGACAACUCAGAUGUAUAUAAAAUGCAGUUAGGUUUUGUAUUGUAAUAGUUGUCAAGACAAUUUAUUUGCAUAAAUCUUUUCAAUAUACAGAUAGUUUUAAAUCAGUUUUACAGUUUCAUGAUGAUUAUUUUUUUUGUAGUUUAGAGCCGGGUGAUUGUAAAGUUAAUGUUUGAUGAUACAAACAAGCAGUUGAGAUUUGCUCAAUUCUAUAUACUGUGAGACUUUGAGCACUGUUUGUAUGCAAAAGAAAAAAGAUUUUAAGGUGGGGUUAUUGAGUAUGAUGUGAUAAAGAGGAUUAUGAAUCUUAGGUUUUGUGAUGUUUAUAACAAUUUAGUGUAUUAAGUCCAUUUACUAUUUGUUGAUGUUUAUCAUUUAAAUGCGGUGUAUAAACAAUGGGAAUUAAGAUUAUGGUCAUAUCACUCACCCAUAAACAGUUCAACAAAAAUAGAUACAUGAUACAAAAUGUUAUGGUCUCCUAUAUGCAAACCAAAGACAACUGUGGCAAGGAAUGAAAAACUCCAGGUAAAAAAAAGCCUCGGGAGAAACCCAGGUAAUACCAGGGGGUCAGUUUUCCUCUGGAUAUACAUUCAUACGUCAGUAAUUAAGCAGACAAAUCUCAUGUAACUGUAGUGGUGUUCUUUUCAUUGGAUUAUUUGAUUUGGCAAUACUGUAAAAAAUAAGAAUUUGGGAAUUCCCUGUUUGGUUUUAGCUACAAGCUCAUGUGAAAGUUUAAUAAAACAUGAAAGCAAA